AUGCCCAAGAUCAGAAUAAAGAAGCCGAGAGCUUCAGAAACUCCAGUCGAGAAGCCCCUGCCAAAAAAACCCAAAUCCAAAGCUAAAAGCAGUAAUGAGACUGGUAAAGCGAGUGGCCCGCUGAGGGUCAAACUAACCAAAAAAGACUCGAAACUAGAGACUGAAAGGGCAUCUCCGUUGCCCAUGAAACUUAAAAUUAAUCUGAAUAGCAAGGAAGAAUCGAGCGUUGCCGGUUCUGUCACCCCCAAAGCUCCCAGGUUUAGAAUAAAGCCCGUUAGAGUUCCUGGCGAAGGCUACGACUCGGAAGCUUCUGACAUAGAAGACGAUCCUUUAAUCGAAGACGGCAUUGUGCUGCGAGUUCUGCCCGAUGUCCAAACUGAGUUCGUGAAAAACUGCAUUGAAAGCGGAGAUUUCUCCGAAAUGAGUCUGAAAUGGAAAGGCGAAAGACACGCAGUAGUGAGAAUCAACGGCCAUCAAUACGGAGCGAUUCUGGUCAAUUUGCCCACGAUCAUCGAAGUCAAUAAAAGUGUUGAUCGCAAAAAUCUCAUCAAGGCCUUCGACGUCUCGCAAAUGUUGCUGUGCGUCAAGCCAAUCGAUCACGACGAAGAGGUUUUUUCGGUCUUGGCAUCAGAUGUGGAGGAUCUUGUUAUGAAGCACUAUGAAGAUUACAAAACGGAAAUCAAAGAAUGCAAAAAAAUCUCUAUUCGCGGCUUCAACGGCGGUCCCUUAACAGACACGGAGGCUAAUCACCUCGAGCGAAUCGUCAAGAAAGGUUAUGAUUACAAACACGGGCUGACACCACCUCUCUACAAUGUCCGGAACCGUAGAUUCCGUCGCAGGCUCGCGAUACAAGAAAUAGAUUACGUGGAAAAAACCGUGGAGCACCUUCUGCGACAAGACGCUGAGGCUGAAGAGUUCACAUAUGAUUUAGUCGACGAGGAUACACUGCAGCAGAGGUCGAGCACCAAUAAAGAACAGACGCAACCCUCAAUGGACGACGGGUUCGAUUUGUUUGGAGAAGAUGAUCACGAGGACUUGGAAAUGGAACUAGAGCAAGCAUUACAAGAGGAUCGUCCAGGUCUUGAACAGAUCACUGCUGAUGUACGUCAACAGGCCGUGGAAGAGACCGGUGAUGAUGUCGAGCAGGACAAUGGCGAAGACGAUGAAGAAGACGAGGAAGAAGAAGAAGACGAAGAGGACGAAGAAGACGCUGAAGAUGAUGCUGAGGAAGAAGAUGCACCGGGGCAGGACGUAGUGAGAAACGUUGGCAAACCGGCUGUGGACGAAGAACAACAGCAUAGUGAGCUGCUGAGAGACGAACUCGAGGAGCUUGAGAUCACGUUAGAGCAGAAUAGACAAAAGCUAGAGAAAGCAACAAAUCCACUUUUGAAGUCCAGAUUCAUUGAAAGUAUCAAAAAAAUGGAGAAAGAGGCCGAGCUGAAGAGGAAACAGCUUAAACUUAGCAAUGAGUCGAGUUCAAGCCGUUCUCAAAGUGCCGCAUCUCAUCAAAUCGAGGGCGAAGACGACGAAGAAGACGACGAAGAAGAGGACGCGGAUGCGGAUGCGGACGACGACGACGAUGAUGACGAUGAUGACGAUGCUACGAACGUGACGAAUACGACGACAAAUAAUAAUGCCGAUGAUCAAAAGCCUGCUGAGGAACUCGAUCAGGAUGACAUGGACAUGAUGAUGCUAUUUGGCGGCGAAGGCGAUGAGUGA